AUUGAAAUUCGCAAUCUAAAAUCAUCAAAAAUGUCGUAAAAAAUACGAACGUUGCAAACGUUUGGCACGGUCACUGGCACCUUAGCGUGUUAGUCAUUUCUGACGUUGAUACGGCAGUACGGGCCUGUACGGCGGAUUUUUUCAGUUUUUACUUGAAGUCAGUAUCAACGGUUCUCACCUUAUUCAAAAUUAGAAUCCAUGUGUUCAUUAGGAAACUUUAUAGAGCGUUGCACAGUCUAAAACCUGUAUAUCUGUCAGCAAAUGCAUUUUAUGCCAGUAUGUAUGUGUAUGGACUAACAGGUCAUCUAGGGUCAACAAAAUGACUACUGGAUCCACGAUGGUUUGCAGGGAGAACAUGAUUAUCGCCAACAUUCAACCACGCCUUUAGAAAUCCCGCAUCCCGAAGAGCGGUACUGUUGAAGGUCAAAUACAAUCCCGCGGCUGUCCCUGGAAUCCAGCAGACCACGGUGCUAACGGUCAAACCGGCGAGUAAGAACAGUGCAUGCUUCGGCUCCUUCCUAACACUCACGAUCCGCUCACGCUGUUUUUGGCUGGCUGAUAACCGCUCGAUGCAACACCAGCAGUUCCGCGCCUAAACCUCCUCCCGCGCCAACAAAUUUAAUAAAUAUUUAUCGCAGCCAUAUAAACAACAUGGGACUUCCGACCAGAACAACGGCGCGCACAGCAAACCACGAAUUUAAAGGUUUCACGUUCAUUAUGCAGAUUUCCCCAAAGAUGGGGGACAUUUUAUGGGAAACAGCGUCCAAUAAUAAUUCCGGCAGCAUGAUAAUAUGUACGUACAUCCACAUAUUGACACACAGAAUAAUGGCCACUUUCUGGCUGUGAUGUUUGCGGUAAUGAAUUUGUCUGAGGAUGGCCCACAAUCGAUUAAUGGAUACCAGAAGAUGCGCCUGGAUCAUCACCGGAGGUAAGGCGAAUUUAGCAUAAUUGAACAGGCUGCACCCCAAAUCGCUCAUAAUCCAGCGCACGCCAUCUAAUUGAUCGGCGAUGCUAAUUGAUCCGCUUAUCGUGAUGAAGAGAAGCGUCACGGCUGUGAGGUUGAUCAGGUAGACAGUGAAGGUGGUAGGUAGUUUUCGGGCCAAUAAGAGGAUUAUUAGCAGCCCCACGUAAAGGUUGAAUUCAACGAUAAAUUUAGGAAUGCCGAGUACUGACUCGGUGGUAUAAGUCAGGCCAUCGUUUGUUUGCAAUGUUUCAUUCAAAGGGCGCAUCAUGCACAAUCCGAUACACAAUCCAAUUCCUGGCUUCGAUUCACUCCGCAUCUGCACUAAUGUCACUGCUUCUUCCCAAUCACGCUGCUGUGGACUCCACCGAUGCACGGGAAAAGUGGAAAGUGAAGAGCGGUCAGACAGAUCUUCCCGAACUCAACUUCCAAAACUGUCAACGAUCGUGGGACUUACCGCUGUGUAAUGCGUCACUGUCAACACUGCUGGAUGUUUUCCGUGACGACGAAACUAACAGAGCCCGUCUCCUUGCCCAGUCCAAACCGGAAGCCGGCAUCUGGUUAAAUGCGCUGCCUUCGGCACAUAUCGGAAACCUACUCGAUGACGACACUUUGAAGAUUUCAGUCGGGCUUAGGCUGGGCGCAGUAAUCUGUGAAGCACAUUCUUGUGCAAAAUGCCGCAAACCAGUUGACGUGUAUGGCCACCACGGAUUGUCAUGCUCCUUCUCCGUCGGUAGACACCCUCGCCAUGGCGGGCUGAACAGUAUUGUGUGCCGAUCAUUAGUAUCGGCGGGUAUCCCGGCGAAGCUUGAGCCCCGCGGCACAUCCCACACGUCCGAGCGACGUCCGGACGGAUGCACGACGUUUGCCUGGAAGCGUGGCAUGUGCUUAGCUUGGGACGUCACCUGCGUCGACACCGUCGCUUUGUCGCAUAUCAAGUCAAAUUCAACAGCGGCGGGAUCCGCCGCUGCCCAGGCCGAAGACAGGAAGACCAGACAAUAUGCGUACCUCGUCGGCAGAUACAUUUUUGCGGCGUUAGCUUUUGAAACAUUCGGGCCCUGGGGAAAAUCGGCAUCCGCUUUAGUGAAGGAAAUCGGAAAGCGAUUGCAGCAGCACACGGGUGAACCUCGAUCACACGAAUUCUUACGCCAGCGUCUAUCGAUCGAAAUCCAGCGGGGCAACGCGGCGUCUGUCCUUGGAACCAUUGAUUUAACGGAUAAUUUGAGAGAAAUUUUUCUGUUAUAAUAAAUCAUUUUUUUUGUUGUUAACAAAAUCUGCAGUGUGA